AUGGGAAUUCGCCCUUUGGUUAAAAGAGGCCGCGCCGUCUUCCGUCACUUUCGUGGUGAUGAGGCCGCCAGCUCCUCGGUCGAGCAGAGCUCCCUUGAUCAAUCGGCUGUCGUCCAGAGCACUACCGAGGGCAAGUCUGAUACCGAUGCCGAAAAGGUGCCGCCUGUCUAUAAUCAGAGUGAACCCGAGUCGGACUCGGACAUGCCCAAUGCCGCCGCCCAGCAUGGUGUUCGUGAUGCCGAAGCCAUCACCCUCACCUGGUCGAAGGGUACCCUGAUCUUCGUUUUCAUGAAUAUUUGGUUCCUGUACUUCGUCAACGCCUUCCAGUCCAGUGUCUACAAUAGCUUGAGCACUUAUGUCUCCUCGUCAUUUCAGGAGCACUCUCUGUCUGGUGUUCCCACUGCUCUUGCCGACGCCGCCGCUGCCGCCACCUACUUGCCCGUCGGACGGAUGAUGGAUACUUGGGGCCGUGCCGAAGGUUUCCUCGUUAUGACCAUCUUCGCCACCAUUGGUCUUAUUCUCAUGGCCUCGUGUGACAGCUUCCCUAUCUACUGUGCCGCCAUGGUAUUCUACUACAUUGGCUUCGGUGGUAUGGAGUAUUCCAUUGACGUGAUCACUGCCGAUAUGACCAAACUGAAGAAUCGAGGACUGGCUUAUGCCUUUACCUCCUCUCCCUAUAUCAUCACCGCCUUUGCUGGUCCUAAGGUGGCUGAUCGCUUUUACUAUGAAGUCAGCUGGCGCUGGGGCUUCGGUUGCUGGGCGAUCAUCUUCCCCAUUGUCGCCGCCCCUCUGUACUUUGUCCUGAAGUCCACUCUCCGCAAAGCCGAGAAGCAGGGUCACCGUAUCAAGGAGCCCAGUGGACGUACCAUCUUCCAGAGCAUCAAGUACUGGGCCUUGGAAUUCGAUAUCAUCGGUUGUUUCAUUUUCACCGCUGGUCUGGUUCUGUUCGAGGUCCCCUUCGAUAUUGCCACCGAGGCCCCCGAUGGGUGGAGUACUGGUUAUAUUAUCGCUAUGCUGGUCGUUGGUUUCUCUAUGCUGUUUUUCUUCGGUAUCUACGAGGCUCUCAUCGCGCCUACUCCACUGUUCCAAUGGCGUCUUCUGACCGAUCGCACUGUGCUGGGUGCCUGUCUCCUGGAUGCCACUUAUCAGCUUUCCUACUACUGCUGGAACAACUUCUUCCAAAACUUCCUGCAGGUCGUCUACGAUCUCACCAUUGCCGAAGCUGGAUACAUCUCCAACACUUUCGACGUUGUGUCGGGUGUACUCCUUCUGCUUGUCGGAUGGUCCAUUCGCAAGACCGGCCGCUACAAGUGGCUGCUCUACAUCGCCGUUCCUCUGUAUAUCUUCGCCCAGGGUCUGAUGAUCUACUUCCGAAAGCCCGGCAUGCGCGUCGGCUACCAGGUUAUGUGCCAAAUCUUCAUCUCCAUGGGUGGUGCUGUCUUCAUUAUCGUUGAACAGCUGGCCAUCCUGGCUGCUGUUGACCACCAGCACUUUGCGACCGCUCUGGCCCUUCUUAACGUCGUCGGUACCAUCGGUGGCUCCGCUGGUUACACUAUUUGUACCGCUAUCUGGACCAAUACUUUCUACAAGGCCCUUAGCAACUACCUUCCCGCGGAGGCUCAGUCCAACAUCGACAUGAUCUACGACGACAUUAACACUCAACUUGAAUACCCCGUCGGAAACGCUACCCGCACUGCCAUCCAGGCAGCUUACGCCUACUCCGAGGUCCGUCUUCUUGCUACUGGUGUGGGUAUCAUGGCUCUGGCGAUCGCCUGGACCAUGAUGAUCCGCAACAUCGAUCUUAAGAAGGUUCCCCAGGUCAAGGGUAUGGUCUUCUAA